AUGGGUGUUACGAAGGCUGGUGUAAAUAGUCUAGAGGAAAUGGCGACUUACUUGGAACAUGGUUAUCUUUCUAAUACAACUGGAAGCACCAACAUGAAUUCUCACUCUAGGUGUAAGGCUUGUGAGCGGGAGAGAGAGAGAGAGAGAGAGAGAAAGUCCAAACUAUUUGUGUGCGAAGUUGCAUCUUGUGGAUUUAGCUGGAUCAGAAAGGGCAAAGCGAACAGGAGCUGGUGGUCUCCGAUUCAAAGAAGAGGCCUACUAGCACUUGGAAAUGUGAUCAGUGCACUAGGUGAUGAAAAGAAGCGUAAAGAAGGAGGUCACGUUCCUUACCGAGACAGCAAGUUAACACGAUUACUACAAGAUUCUCUUGGAGGCAAUAGCAGAACAGUUAUGAUUGCUUGUGUGAGUCCAGCUGAUGUAAACGUUGAAGAAUCCAUCAAUAACCUCAAGUAUGCUAAUAGGGCUCGCAACAUUAGAAAUAAGCCUACAGACAAUCGUGAUCCACUUGCAGCAGAAAUGCAGCGAAUGAAACAGCAAAUUGAGCUUAUGCAGGCAGAGAUUUUAUGCGCAAGGGCAGGAGGUCCUUCAAAUAAUGAACUUCAGGCGUUAAAGCAAAGGAUUUCCUGGCUUGAAGCUAGCAACAUGGACUUGCGUCGUGAACUGGAUGAGGCGCGUGAUCGUAUUGAAGCAGUUUCUCAAUGUGCUUUAGAAGCACAGGUGGAUAAUAUGCUAAAAAAGUAUGUAAUUUGGAUUCAGGAGUUAGAAUACGAACUACAGCUCAUGCAGCACGUUAGAAUCCCAUUAGAUACUCCUCCAGGGUCUUCCUCCUCUUCAUCAUCCCGAAACAUUGGGGAGAGCAUAGUUGGACCUGGCUUUGGUGUUGCAGGCAUUGAUGGAGAUAUUUAUUUACGCACUGGUGAAUUUUCUAGAGUUGAUUCUGAAUCGCUGUUGAGUGAGUUCAAACGCACAUCGUUGCCAGAAAUUCUUGACGAAGAGUUAUGGGAGAUAGAUAAAUGUCUUGAGCGGAAAGAGGCAGAGAUCAAGUUGUUUGUGCGGCCUGAUGGAAUACUUUCGAAGUAACUUGUUGAAAAGAAACAGAUAGAACUAGAAGACGAUAAGAGGUAUCUGCAGAUGGAGAGGAAUAAUUUGAUGUCGGAGCUUGAAAGUAAUGUGCAUGCCCCCGACAAGAAUAUACAGAAAUUUCAAGAGACUCGUUUGCAGAAUUUGAAAUUGCUCAAGGCUCAG